UUAUUGAGUGUAAGCAGAGUCUUGUCCAUGUGUAUUUUAAUGUUGAGAUGUUGAUGAGAGAUGAGAUGGAUGUGACUGAUAGGAGCUCCAGUGAAUGUCUGGGUUCAGUGUGGAUUAGCAGAGAUCAGAGCCGCACACCACAGCCACUGCAGGACAAACUUUCUGAAGACAAAUCCAGACACACAGAGCUCAGUAUGAAGAUGUGUUCAGUCAAACUCAUCGACUGCAGGAACCUCAUGAUAAAGAUAAAAACUGAACAUACAGAAAUAAAAACCGAACCCACAGAAAUAAAAACUGAACCUACAGAAAUUAAAACGGAACCUACUGAAAUAAAAACUCAACCCACAGAAGAUGAAUAUGAAGACAGUCAUAAUAAUGGUCAUGAUUUUAUUCCGUCAGAUGCGAAGAGUGAAUUAUGUCUGGGUGAAGAAAUAACGUCCUCGACUCUUUCCUGCAUCACCAGUGGAGAGACAUUCAGCUCACAGAGACAUGAGAGAAAACACACAGAACAGAAACGCUUUACCUGCACCAGAUCUGAGAUCAGCUUUACUACCUUACAAGAGAAGAAACUUCAUUCAAAAGGCCACAGAAAGACGAAGCAGUUGUUUCACUGUAAGCAGUGUGGGAUGGAUUUUGAUUUCUUAUCUCAGAUAAAAGUUCACAUGAGGACACACAGUGAUGAAAAGUCUUUCUACUGCACUGAAUGUGGCUAUUACUUCAGCUCCAAAAAAACCCUUAAAACACAUAAGAGAAUUCACACAGGAAAACCAUACCAGUGUCCUGACUGUGAGAAGAGAUUCAACCAGAAACAUCAUCUGGAGAAACACGUGUUUAUACACACCAAUGAGAGACCGUAUCCGUGCAGUAAAUGUGACGAAGCCUUUAAGGAUUCAUGGUCAUUAAAAUCCCACCAGAAUAUUCACUCUGAAGAGAAACCCUAUCAAUGUUCACACUGUGAUAAAAGAUUUGUUUAUAAAUAUAAUAUGAUAGACCAUGAGAGAAUUCAUACAGGAGAGAAACCUUAUCACUGUAGUGUUUGUGGGAGGAGUUUCAGACUACAUCAAUAUUUAGUGUCACACCAGAGAACUCAUACAGGUGAAAAACCUUACAAAUGCUCUCAGUGUAAAAAGACGUUUGCUCAAUCAACUUCCUUAAAAAUCCAUCAGAGAAUUCAUACAGGAGAGAAACCUUAUCACUGUAGUGUUUGUGGGAGGACUUUCAUUAGCCAUUACAAUUUAGUGUCACACCAGAAAACUCAUACAGGUGAAAACCUUACAAAUGCUCUCAGUGUGACAAGACGUUUGCUCAUUCAGGUAACUUAAAAGCCCAUCAGAGAGUUCAUACAGGAGAGAAACCUUACCAAUGUGGAGUUUGUGGGAUGACUUUCAUUAGCCAUUACAAUUUAGUGUCACACCAGAAAACUCAUACAGGUGAAAAACCUUACAAAUGCUCUCAGUGUGACAAGACGUUUGCUCAUUCGGGUAACUUAAAAGCCCAUCAGAGAGUUCAUAGAGGAGAAAAACAUUACCACUGCUCGAUCUAUGGAGAGAGAUCUACUGAUUCUAGAAGUUUUCAGAGUCAUCAGAAGAACCAUGCUGAAGAACAAACUACACUGAAAUCAUUAUAGCAUCUGAAAGUCUUUACACGCUGACUGUGCACAUUUGGCCUGAAUUUUCAACGUGAUAGCGUGCUAGAACAAAAACAACAGAUUUUUAUGAAUGGCUUCACAUUGACCUUGGUUAUUUGUUAUGGUAAUGUAUAGUUAAUAGUGCAAAUCUGUGUGGUGGUUGGUUCACAAUAGAUCAUC